AUUUUCACAGAUGAUGUAUUUCUGUUGUCGCUAUAACAAUACCUAAAGACUGAAAUCAGAGAUGAUAAGUUACUAUAACCGGGCAAUCGCAAUCGUUUGCAGAAAACAUUAUCUUUUCCACAUAUCAGCUAUUUACGUUUCGUUUCGUUUUUAACAAAUGAUUUUCACCUUGGCUUGGCACCCUGAUAUGUUUCAAUGUUGUCGUGCAUUUAGGAGCAAAAAUAUUGAGUUACUUACACCUAAUUUCAAUUUGCGACUUAUAUUGCUCUAAGUCGAUACCGACUAGCUUCGGGUGUCGCCGAACUGCGGGCAUUUGUGCCUUGGCAGUUGGCAGUACUAACUAAUACGUUAACGUAAAUUAUAAAUGCAAUACAAAAUAUGAUAACAUUUUCACAGAUGGGACACUCGUUGACACAGGUGGGUGUCCGCUGGCUUUGGAUCGCGGAGGAACACAGCUCGCGCGGGCCUCCACCGAGCGGCUCGAGCGCUGCGACGACGCCACAUCACACCACGUGCUAAGCGAGACCACGAGCGCGCAAAUGCUCACUGAACACAAUUCACCACUGAGUGGUGUAAAGCAACAUAAACUAGUGCACAGUGGUGAAAAAUCAUAUCCAUGUGAAAUAUGUAAAAAAAAGUUUAGACGAUUAGUUGAAUUAAGCAUACAUACACGAGUCCACACCGGCGAAAAACCAUAUCAGUGUGAAAUAUGUCAAAAAAGGUUUACUCAAUCGAGUCAAGUAAAAAUACAUAAACGAUGCCACACUGGCGAAAAACCAUAUCAAUGUGAAGUGUGUGAAAAAAAGUUUACCCAAUCGAGUCAAUUAAAAUCACAUAAACGAUCCCACACCGGUGAAAAACCAUACCAAUGUGAAGUGUGUGAAAAAAAGUUUAACCAAUGAGGUGGAUUAAAAUUACAUAAACGAUCACACACUGGCGAAAAACCAUAUCAAUGUGAAGUAUGUCAAAAGCAAUUCAGCGACCCCAGUGUUGCAAGGAUUCAUAAAAUAUUACACACUGGCGAAAAACCAUUUCAAUGUGAACUGUGUGAAAAAAGAUUCACUCAAUUGGGUCAUUAUAAAAAUCAUAAACGAAUCCACACUGGCGAAAAACCGUAUCAAUGUGGACUGUGUGAAAAAAGAUUCACUCACUCGAAUUCUUUAAAAUUACACAAUCGUUUACACACUGGUGAGAAACCAUAUCAAUGUGAAGUGUGCGAAAAAAAUUUCUAUCAAUUGGGUAGUUUAAAAACACAUAAACGACAUCACAUUGGCGAAUAACUAUAUCAGUGCGAAGUAUAUAAAGAACAAUUCAGAGACUUGAGUAUUGCUUUCAAACUAAUACAGCGAGCAUUUUACAACAUUAAGGAAUAUUUUGAAUACGAUGGUGAUCAUA